CCCAACUGAAGCGCUCCUCCGACAGACAGAGAGAGAAAUCUUGUUCUGUUCGUCCCUGAUCCUUAUAUAUAACUGAGCCCAAGCCGCCACAAUCAGCAGAGAGAGAGAGAGACACCAGCCAUAGACGUUAGAGACAGAGAAAAGAAAAGUCCAUUGAUGGAGGCGUUCGUUUCAUUCCAGGCCAUUCCGUCCGUCUCUCGCUUACCCAAAUUCUCAUUCCUCAAAUCCACCCCUGGAAUCUCCUCCCUCUCUCUUCCUUCUCACUCUUCUUCUCCUUUCGCCAUUCGAGCUCAACAGAUGGAGUCAAAGGAUGGUUCGGCUACAGUGACUCCAAUAAGUGAGGAUUCUGAAUCCGAAAAUUCUCUCGAAAUAAAGGAAUGGGAAGUGGGUAUGUUCCAAAACGAGGUGGCUGCUAGCCAAGGAAUAAGGAUCAGGAGAAGACCUCCAACAGGAGCCCCUUUGCACUAUGUGGGACCCUUUGAGUUUCGCUUGCAGAAUGAGGGAAACACCCCUCGUAAUAUCUUGGAGGAAAUCGUAUGGCACAAAGACACUGAAGUCUCACAAUUGAAAGAGAGGAAACCUCUAUCGGCAUUGAAGAAAGCUAUGGAGAAUGCUCCUCCAGCUAGAGACUUUGUUGGAGCUCUCAAGGCGGCUCAUUUGCGAACUGGACUGCCCGCUUUGAUUGCUGAAGUGAAGAAGGCUUCUCCUAGCAGAGGUGUCAUAAGAGAGAAUUUUGAUCCAGUUGAGAUUGCCCGAGCUUAUGAGAAAGGUGGAGCAGCUUGUCUUAGUGUUUUAGCAGAUGAAAAGUAUUUUCAGGGAAGCUUUGAAAACAUUGAGGCAAUAAGGAACGCAGGAGUAAAGUGCCCUCUUCUCUGCAAGGAAUUCAUCAUUGAUGCGUGGCAGAUCUAUUAUGCUAGAACUAAAGGUGCAGACGCCAUUCUUUUGAUUGCUGCUGUUUUGCCUGAUCUUGACAUCAAAUAUAUGACUAAAAUCUGCAAGCUACUUGGUUUAGCGGCACUUGUUGAGGUGCAUGAUGAGAGGGAAAUGGACCGUGUUCUUGGGAUAGAGGGGAUCGAGCUUAUUGGCAUCAAUAACCGCAACCUUGAAACGUUUGAGGUUGAUACAAGUAACACAAAGCGGCUUCUAGAAGGAAAGCGUGGUGACUUGAUCCACGAAAGAGGCAUAAUUGUGGUUGGGGAAUCUGGGUUGUUUACUCCUGAUGACAUUGCUUAUGUACAAGAAGCCGGUGUUAAGGUGGUUUUGGUUGGAGAGUCAAUUGUGAAGCAAGAAGAUCCUGGGAAGGGAAUCGCCAAACUCUUUGGAAAGGAUAUCUCUCUAUGAAGUUAAAUUAGCAACUUAUCAAAAAGGAAAAACAAAUAAAUUAGCAAGUUUCUACAGCUUAUUUGUUGUAAUCUGCAAGAGUAAUGUUUAACAGAGACUAGGUUCAUACCAAAUAGUAUAUGAUCUUUUUAUGUUUCCUCUUUUGUUGUGCUUUCUUUCUUAGCAUUUUGACAUUUUCUAGUUACAUCCAAAUAAUUUGGUAGCCAACUAGCCGUCGAUGUUCCACCUUAUGGUGUGUUGGAAAAGUUGUUACCAUUAUUUAAGAAUUUUAAGUUAGGGGUAAAGUACAAAAUGAUGCCAAGGCUUAGUUUUGAAACAUUACAUUUUUAUGAAGUUUCGUUAUAUGUUGUAAUAAAAUUAAUUCGAUAGGAUUACAAUGUGA